UCUGGCUCACAAAAGGGAACCGAAAGCCUAGCGAAUUAAAACUUUAGAACCGAUAGCAUAAAUUUCUGCGAAAGAGGUAAUCAAGUGCACAGUAACACCGUUCAACAUAAAGCGAAUGAAUUUGGAGAUCUGACUAGUAAACAGAGCGGUCAUCACCGUCCGCGUAGUUCUUAUCAAUUUAAUUGGCCGCAGAUUUUGAGUCCAUCGGUGGCUCGAAAAUUAAUUAUGGAACGCUCUAAUGUCUCGGGCAACAAUGCCAUCCGUAACGAUUCCGAAAACGCCGCAACUGCAUUGCCGACUCGUAAGGCGCCAACGGAAGUAAUGCAGAAGGGUGAUUUACAAUUUUCAAAGAAUCGUCCAAUGAUGCGCGGAAGUCAUCGGAAGCAAUUGGAAAAAUAUCGUUACUCUGAAUUGUCAUUGGAUGAGACAACGAAAUUUAUUACACAGGUGAAUAAAGUAUUUCUUAAACGUUUGCGCGAAAUCGACCAUGAAGUUCCUGAUAAUAUAAAGUUAAAAUUGAUUAUUUAUCGGAAUUGGGUGAAAAUAUUACUCAAGGUUAACCAAUUGCUCAUCACUAACAUGGAAAAGUUGGAUUUUGAAAUAGCGAAGCAACUAAAAUGCGCUCAGCGAUGGGGUACUGAUUGCUGCCGCAGCGAAAGCAGAGAACUUUUGAAAUGCCGCAAAGACAUAGAUUCUUUGAUCAAAGUUAUUCAGAACGUCUACUAUGACAAUAAUUGGGAUACAAAAGGCCUCUGUUUGGAAACCAUGUCCACAUCACAAAUCUUCAGUAAUAUUGAAAAAAGCGUAGAAAAUAUCCGGAGGACAGGUGAAACAGUUAAAGUUAAUGUUGACAAAUUGUUCGCCGAUGUUGAAUCAAAAAAGAGGCAAGAGUGUAAUAUAAAAAUUCUCACAGCCGAACUCGGAGCGAAAGAGGAGGAAGUUGAAAAGCUUAGAAAACAGAUUUCUAUAAUGGAGGAUAAAAUGCAGCAGGUACAGGAGGAAAUCGAACUAAAGGAUGAAAUUAUCAAAAAGCUUGAUUCUACCGAUGUUACGGUGUCUAAAUCAGAUAUUCGAUCUUUUUUGUCUCAAGCUUUAAAAUUUUUGUCAA